UAGCGAAAAUAGUAACACCAAAAGAUUGGGAUUGAGAGAGACUCUCUGUACUAUUUCUGAAUUCGUUUACGCCAUUAGAUUGCUUUUUUAAAAAUCUCGAUCUCGCUCACUCACUUUUCUUCAUUACUACUCUAAAUAAAAACCAAAUCAUUUGAGAAAACCCAUUUUUAAAGAUAAAUACUACUUUUUUUUAUCAAAUCAAUCAUCCUGAUCGUCGUUGUUGUCAGAGAGAAGAAAAGUGCAAGUUCUUAAAUUUUUUUUUUUUGUGUUUGCCAUCAAUCGGUGCAUCCCCAGAUUUCGCUUAUCUUGUUCCCCAUCUUUUGUAUUAGCAAUUAACAAUGGCGGAUUUCAAACCAAGGAUCGAGAUUUCGUUCCUUGAAACCUUCAUUUGCAGCGCUUUCGCUGCUUGUUUUGCAGAGUUAUGUACAGUACCGUUAGACACAGCCAAAGUAAGGCUUCAGCUUCAAAGAAAGAUCCCUACUGGAGAUGGUGAUAAUUUACCCAAGUACAGAGGCUCAAUUGGUACACUAACUACCAUAGCAAGAGAAGAAGGUAUUUCUGGGCUUUGGAAAGGUGUCAUUGCAGGACUUCAUCGUCAAUGCAUCUAUGGUGGCUUAAGGAUUGGGUUAUAUGAGCCUGUCAAGACUUUUUUGGUUGGAAGUGACUUUAUUGGUGAUAUUCCAUUAUAUCAAAAGAUUCUUGCAGCUUUGUUAACUGGAGCUAUAGCUAUUAUAGUAGCUAAUCCAACUGAUCUUGUUAAAGUUCGGCUUCAAUCAGAAGGAAAACUACCGGCUGGGGUUCCUAGGCGUUAUGCAGGAGCUGUAGAUGCUUAUUUCACCAUAGUGAAGCUGGAAGGAGUUAGUGCGCUAUGGACCGGACUUGGUCCUAAUAUUGCUCGGAAUGCUAUUGUAAAUGCUGCAGAGCUAGCUAGUUAUGAUCAAAUAAAGGAGACAAUUAUGAAAAUUCCAUUCUUCAGAGACAGUGUUCUAACUCAUCUACUAGCUGGUUUAGCUGCAGGCUUCUUCGCUGUCUGUAUUGGUUCUCCGAUUGAUGUGGUAAAAUCUAGAAUGAUGGGUGACUCUACUUACCGAAACACAAUUGAUUGCUUCAUCAAAACCAUGAAGACAGAGGGGAUCAUGGCAUUCUACAAAGGAUUUCUCCCGAAUUUUACACGGCUAGGAACCUGGAACGUCAUUAUGUUCCUCACACUAGAACAAGUGAAAAAAGUGUUUCUAAGAGAAGUCUUGUACGAUUGAUACUGAGAUCCCUAGUCGAAAAAAACAUACCUUAUUACAUAAUCCCUUCUAAAAACCCUCGAAUUGUUAGAAUUAAAACAUAUAUAUGUUAUGUGUGAGCUUUGUCAUUUAGAUUAAUAUAGAAACAUUUAUCCAAUUUUGAAUUUUUUUUUCAA